CUUCUCUCUCUUAUUACAUCGAUUCAAUUCCAUCUUUAUAUUCUUAUGUCUUUGUCCAGUUUUCAAACCCCCUUUGUGUAGCUGUUGAAUCUUCUUGAAUUUGCUGUUUUUUCUUUUCUUUUCUUGGGAUUUCCAAGAAACCUUGAUCAGGCUUUCUAUUGAGGGGAAAAACGAAAUGUCAGGAUCACAGAGCAGUUUAAGAAGGUAUCUUGGAGCUAUCAAAGAUACAACAACAGUUUCAUUAGCAAAAGUUAAUAGUGGUUACAAGGAAUUGGAUAUUGCUAUUGUGAAGGCUACUAAUCAUGUGGAGCGUCCCUCAAAAGAAAGAUACAUCAGAGCUAUUUUCAUGGCUAUUUCUGCAACAAGGCCUCGUGCAGAUGUUGCAUAUUGCAUCCAUGCUCUUGCAAGGCGGUUGUCAAAAACACAUAACUGGGCGGUUGCACUGAAAACUCUUAUUGUUAUUCACCGAGCCUUGAGGGAAGUGGACCAAACGUUUCAUGAGGAAGUUAUUAAUUAUAGCAGAAGCAGGACUCAUAUGCUUAACAUGUCUCAUUUUAAAGAUGAUUCGAGUCCCAAUGCAUGGGUUUACUCAACUUGGGUCCGUUUCUAUGCUCUCUUUUUAGAGGAGAGACUAGAGUGUUUCCGUGUUCUCAAGUACGAUGUUGAGAUUGACCCACCAAGAACCAAAGAGUUGGACACUCCUGAUUUGCUCGAACAACUACCAGCACUACAAGAACUUCUUUUCCGUGUUCUUGAUUGUCAGCCUGAAGGGCCAGCAGUUCAAAACCAUAUUAUACAAUUGGCACUCUCAAUGGUUGUAACGGAGAGCACUAAACUCUACCAAGCACUGACAGAUGGAAUAGACAAUUUGGUUGAUAAGUUCUUCGAGAUGCAACGGAACGAUGCUCUUAAGGCGUUGGAUAUGUACAGAAGGGCUGUAAAACAGGCAGAGAGGCUUUCUGAAUUUUACGAAGUUUGCAAAGGUGUUUAUGUUGGAGGUGGAGAUAGGUUUGUAAAGAUUGAGCAGCCUCCCACUUCUUUUCUACAAGCAAUGGAAGAGUAUGUGAAAGAAGCACCAUUAGCAGCAGGUGCAAAGAAGGAACAGGUACUGGAGAAACUUACUGCCCCCAAAGAGAUCUUAGCCAUAGAGUACGAAAAGCCACCAAAAGUUGUUGAAGAGAAACCGGAAUCACCUGAAGCUCCGGUUAAAGCAGAAGCAGAAGUAGAGAAGCCUGUAGAGAAACAACCUGAUUUACUGUCUAUGGAUGAUCCAGCUCCAGUUGUCUCUGAACUUGAAGAGAAAAAUGCUUUGGCUUUGGCUAUUGUACCUGUUAGCGUUGAGCAACCAGUUUCUACAACUGAUUUCACAAAUGGGAAUUCGUCUGGCUGGGAAUUGGCACUUGUGACUGCUCCAAGCUCAAAUGAAGUGGCUGCUGCAAAUAGCAAAUUGGCGGGUGGAUUGGACAAGCUGACACUUGACAGCCUAUACGAGGAUGCAAUUAGAGUGAGUCAACAGCAAAACAGGAGCCACAAUCCAUGGGAACAGCAUCCAGUUCAUAACGGUCCCAUGAUGCACCAGCCUUUCUUUGCAUCUAAUGGACUCCCAGCUCCUCCUCCUCUUCAAAUGGCGAAUCAUUAUCAUCAGCCGUAUGGGUUUGAGCAUCAGAACUCAGGAAUGAUGAUGGGACCUGUGCAGCCUUAUCAGCAGCAACAACAACAGAACAUGAAUAAUCCCUUCGGCAACCCGUUUGUCUCGAAUAGUAAUCCACACCAACCGUAUGGCUCUGUUCAAGGAGGUUACAAUCCAUAUCCCACCCUUAUGUAAGAUGUGAUGCUAAUGAAUGUUUGUGUACAAUCUAUAUAUACAAGUAUAUGCUGUGAGGUGAUUUUAGCUAGAGAGAUUCUUUUCUUCUGUUGAGUAAAUUAGUACAUUACGUCUCUGUGUGCGUGUGUAUGUCAUGUAUCUGUAAGCGAGAGAAUAUUGGAUUCUUGAGGACACCAUAUGGUUUUGAAUAUAUCAUCACAGAAUGUUGUAAAAGAUUAAAUUCUUGAGGACACGAUUUGGUUGUGAAAAUAUUAG